GGGCAAGUUGGUACCGUUCAUCUCCUUCCCUGAGUUCAUGCCUCUCUUCCUGACUUAUCAAAUCUCAACUGCUACUCCUAUCUUCAAUUAGUCCUCCUUCCCAAUUUGAAUCCAUUCCCACUCUAGAUUUCUGGGGCUGAUAGUUUGUACAUUGCAAAUUGAGCAUCUUCUAUUUGAUUGCUCCUUUAUGAGACUGUUGAUCCACAUUGGCAAUGGAGCACCUUCCUCUUGAAGUCAUUGGAAAUAUAUUGUCCAGGCUUAUUGGUGCUCGAGAUGUGGUGAUAGCCUCUACAACAUGUCGGAAAUGGCGAGAAGCUUGUCGGAAACACCUUCAUACGCUAUCAUUUAAUUCAAAUGAUUGGCCUGUUUAUCUUGACAUUACAACUAGAAGAUUAGAGAUCCUGAUUACUCAAACAAUAUUCCAAACCACGGGAUUGCAAGGUUUAUCCAUUUUGAUGGAUGAUGUUGAUGAGUUCUCAGCUUCAACUGUUAUUGCUUGGCUCAUGUAUACAAGAGAGACUUUGUGCCGGUUGUUCUAUAAUGUCAGGACUACCCCGAAUGUUAACAUUCUUGAAGUUUGUGGGAGGCAGAAGCUGGAAAUGUUGUUUCUAGCUAAUAAUUCUAUAACAGGUGUGGAACCUAAUUUUCAGAGAUUCCCUUGUUUGAAGACGCUUUCUCUAAGUCAUGUUAGCAUUUCAGCAUUGGAUUUGAGUCUUUUGCUCUCUGCAUGCCCCAAGCUUGAAAAUCUGGAUCUUGUCAGUCCUGACAUAGCAAUGUCAGAUGCACAGGUGACAGUGGAACUCAGCAACCCAACAUUGAAAAGCAUUUAUGUUGAAGCAACUAGUUUGGAUAAGUUUAUAUUGGAAGCAGAUAGUAUUGAGCGCUUGCACUUGAGGGACUGUGUCCUUGAACUUUUUGAACUCAUUGGAAAGGGUACUCUGAAGCAUUUCAAGAUUGAUGAUGUUAGUGUUAUACAUAUUGAUAUUGGUGAGACAGUUGAUAAUCUUGAGGUUGUAGAUGUGAGCAACUUCACAAUUGUUUGGCCAAAGUUCUAUCAGAUGAUAUCAAGAUCCUCCAAGUUGAAGAAGCUUCGUCUCUGGGAAGUGACUUUUGAUGAUGAAGAUGAGAUUGUGGAUUUGGAAGCAAUUGCUGUUUGUUUUCCACAGCUGAGCCAUCUGUCUUUAAGUUAUGAAUUGAAAGAUGGAGUUAUGCAUUAUGGUCUGCAAGGAUCUUCACCGUUGGAGAAUGUUACUGUGCUGGAGCUUGGAUGGACCGUAAUAAACGAUCUCUUCUCACAUUGGGUCAAGGAGCUGCUAAAGAGAUGCCCAAAUCUUCAAAAGUUGGUUAUUAAUGGUGUUGUUUCAGAAGCCAAGACCCAUGAAGAAUGCCAGAUAUUGGCCAAAUUCACCUCAUCCAUUGUGCACCUUAUGAGGAAAUAUAUGCAUGUUGAGGUGCAGUUUGAGUAUGAUUAAAUUUCUUUGAUUUUCCUUAGUUAAAUUCACGUUUUGGUCUAUCAUGAAAUGUAUAACCAAAUAGCAGGUCAGAUGUCAAUUUGACUAGAUUCAAGUUUUGAUUCAAUUAUCAACUGUAUAAAUAUGUUUGCAGUUGAAUUUUACAGGACUCCAGAAUGUUGAGGUGCAGCUUCAUUUAUUGAUUGUUGGAUCUCCUCCCUUGAUUGAGUAUUUGUAUUCUGUCGUAUGAUCUCUUUUAGUCUUUUCAUUUUUUAAAUUUUGUCUGUGGAUUAAGAUGUUAUGACUAUGGCUUUCUUUUGAUUCUGCAUUAUUCUCCCCCACUUUUCUUUUCUUUUGAAAAUUAGACAGGGAGUCUGUUUGAGAUUGUUGUGCAAUGUUCAGGCUGUUUCUGUGUUAUGCUAUCACAAAUUAUCAUUUCUUGUGUUAGUUGUUUCCCCUCUAGCCAUGUCAAACUUUGUUUUUAGAAAGAAAAUUGACAUACGAAA